CAACAGGUCUUGUGCAAAAGGUCUUGUGAUGGUUGGCUCCACCAGAGGGUGUGCUGCCUGCAGGCAGGUAGACAGGUAGGCUCCGCCUCCUUCCGCCUUUGUCAGGGUAAUAUCUCAGCAUCACACACUGGAAGAGCACCAGACUCCAGGCAGUCAACUGUUACACACAGCCGAUCAUAACAGGGUCCGAGCUAGCGCCACCAUGUCCUACAUAACCAAAGCGCUAUCUAGGAAGCAGGACAGAGAGGACGGCCUGGGCAACAACGACAACGCCGUCCUGUUCAAUGCGCAGGACUUCCAGAAGCUGCGCCGCGAGUGCCUGGACCGCAGGACACUCUUCUGCGACCCCACCUUCCCGGCCACCUGGACCUCCCUCGGCUACAACCAACUGGGGCGCUACUCCUCCAAAACCAUGGGGUUGGAGUGGAAGAGACCCACGGAGCUCUGCUCAAACCCGCAGUUCAUUCUGGAUGGCGCUACACGGACGGACAUCCGCCAGGGAGAGCUGGGCGACUGUUGGCUGCUGGCGGCGAUUGCCUCCCUGACUAUGGACAAAGAAAUUCUGGCCCGUGUGGUUCCUCCUGAGCAGAGCUUUACGGAGAGCUAUGCCGGCAUCUUUCACUUCCAGCUGUGGCAGUAUGGCGAGUGGGUGGAUGUUGUCAUUGACGACCGGCUGCCAACCAGAAACGGCGAGCUGCUGUUUGUCCACUCAGCUGAGGGAAACGAGUUCUGGAGCGCCCUGUUGGAGAAGGCCUAUGCUAUGGUGAACAGCAGCUAUGAGGCUCUCUCUGGAGGCACCACCACCGAGGGCUUUGAGGACUUCACAGGCGGCAUCGCCGAGAGCUAUGAGCUGUCCGAUGCCCCGCCCACCCUGUUCAACAUCAUCCGGAAGGCGCUGAGCCUUGGCUCUCUGCUGGGCUGUUCCAUAGACAUCACCAGUUCAGCUGAAACUGAAGCUGUGACCAGACAGAAGCUGGUGAAAGGACACGCCUACUCUGUCACGGGGGCGGAAGUGGUCCACAUGUAUGGCAGCCCUGUCCAGCUGGUGCGGAUCAGGAACCCAUGGGGCCAGGUGGAGUGGACCGGCGCCUGGAGUGAUAACUCCAAAGAGUGGGACCGAGUUCUACCAGAGGAGAAGUCCAAACUUGAUUAUUCAGCUGAGGAUGGAGAGUUCUGGAUGGCAUAUUCAGAAUUCCUCCAGCAGUACUCAAAGCUGGAGAUCUGUAACCUGACUCCAGACACUCUGAGUAGUGACAGUGUGGGACGCUGGAGUUUCCACCAGUUUGAAGGCACGUGGAGAGUGGGCUGUACAGCCGGCGGCUGCAGGAACAACCCAGCCACUUUCUGCUCAAACCCCCAGUUUGUGAUAAAACUGGAGGAUGUGGACGACGACCCCCAUGAUGGCGUAGACGGCUGCUCAUUUCUGGUUGGUCUGAUGCAGAAAGAUGGACGCAAAGAGAGACAGUUCGGUCGCGACCUCAACACCAUCGGCUUUGCGAUAUACAAGGUUCCAGAUGAGAUUAAAGGACUCACCAACGUUCACCUGGGACCCAACGUGUUGCUGCGUGAAAAGUCAGUUGCCAUGAGCAACACGUUCAUAAACACGCGUGAGGUGUGCAGCCGUUUCAAACUCCCGCCCGGGGAAUAUGUCAUCAUCCCCUCAACCUUCGAGCCACACUGCAAGGGGAGCUUUAUACUGCGCGUGUUCACGGAGAAGCAGGCUACCGCCAGACCAAUGGGUAUGGACAUCAGUGCAAAUAUUAAAAAAGAGGAGAAUAUCUCCAAACUUGAUGUGGACCCACAUUUCCAACACCUCUUUAAGCAGCUUGCUGGAAAUGAUUCUGAAAUUUCAGCCAUUGAGCUGCAGAAGAUUUUGGACAAAGUUGUGUCUCAGCGAACUGACCUGAAGACGGAUGGCUUCAGUAUGGAGACCUGCCGCCACAUCAUCAGCCUGCUCGACAAAGACGGCAGUGGGACACUUGGACUCCUGGAGUUUCACACCCUCUGGAUGAAGAUGCAAAAAUACCUGGAGAUCUUUAAGCAUCGUGAUACAGACCACUCAGGCACCUUGAGCUCCCACGAGAUGCGAGAAGCACUGGCUGAAGCAGGUUUUCAACUCAACACUCCAGUACUCCAGGUGAUCGUUUCACGCUACGCUGACCAGCAGAGUGCCAUAGACUUCGACUGUUUUGUUGGUUGCCUGAUCCGGCUGGAGAUGCUCUUCCAUAUGUUCGAGACAUUUGAUAAGAAAAACACGGGGAAGAUUGAGCUGGAUAUUAUGCAGUGGCUUUGCUUGGCUCUAAGCUGAAUCUCCAGAGAUUUCUGUGGAUGAGGACAUUUCUUUAAAUAGUCUGCAACAUUAUCCUUGAAGAUUGCUAAUUAAAAUGAUGGAGACUGUACUCUGCUGUUCCAGAGUUUCCCACAACACUAAUAAUUUACAUUAAUGAAAAUAAUAUUUGCAGUAAUAAAAGCUAUUAUCCAUUAC